GACAGUACAAAGAAAAAACCUUUCACCAGAAGUGAAAAGGUACAAAGUACAACAGGAAAAUACAUAAAAUGAGCAUAAUAAUAAAAGAGGGGGAGAGAAAAUCUAGAUAGACGGAAGACACUAUCUGGCAUCUCAGACCUGCCUAAACAAAAGGAGCAUCUACUCCUGAGCUAUAUCAUGACAGUUGUAAUUCAGUUGUGGUAACCCACUUUUUUUAAAAUAUAUAUAUAUAUAUAUAUAUAUGAUGUUGCCGAAAAAAAAAAAAAGUUCUUUUACCAAAAAGUGUGGCUUUCUCAUCAAGAGGGCCAAGCAUCAUGUCGCCCGAAUUGCUUAAGGUGCAAACAAACAGUAAAAUUUUGUUGCUGCCAUUGUGUAAUACUCAGGCUAAUGUAGUUUCUUUUGAAUAGCCUGAUAUUGCCGCACCUGGAGUUUCAAUCUUGGCAGCAAUACGAGACUCUUACAAUUUUCAAAGUGGAACGUCCAUGGCAUGGCCUUAUAUUUCCGGCAUUGUUGCUCUCUUAAAGUCACUUCAUCCUUCAUGGUCCUCUGCUGCUAUUAAAUCAGCAUUGGUUACAACUGCAACAAUCACAAAUGAGCACGGGUGCACAAUAGAGGCAGAGGGUCAGCCAAGGAAGAUUGCUGACCCUUUUGAUUUCGGUGGUGGGAAUGUGAACCCUGUUAGGGCUGCAGAUCCAUGUCUCAUCUUUGAUAUUGAUCCAAAAGACUAUCUCAAGUACUUGGAUCGCUCGCUCAAUUGGCAUUCCAGAUGCUUGUGAUUCAACAAGGCCUCUGUACCACUUGAACUUAAUUACCAUCAGUGGCAAUUCCCAACCUCAAGACAAUAAUCAGUAUUUGGAGAACAGUAACUAAUGUUGGCUCAACUGAUGCUGUAUAAUAUGAAGCUAUCCCUGAACCUCCAGUGGGUGUUAAAAUGGUUGUUGAGCCUCUAGUUUUGAUCUUCAAUUGCAAGGAGAUUACACAUUUGUUAGCUUGACUUGGUGUGAUAAAGAUGGCCACAGUGUCAGGAUGCCAAUCGCUGCUCUAAUAGUGAUCCAGGAUUUCUUUGCAGACACCUCCUAAAAUGAUUCUGCAGGACAAUCUUGCUUCCUACUCGAUCGAUCGUUAAUAAAGUAAGGAAAUUAAUAAAAAAGUUGUUUGAAAGAUAUGCACUUUGUGCUCAAUUCCACAAAAUUUAUGACCAAAAAUGAUUCUCAAUUAAUAAUAUAAUCCGUAAGUUUCCAUUACAAUAAGAUUUACAAGAUCAGUGGUUGCGUAUAUUUGAAAAAAAAUAAUAAUAAAAAUAAAAGAAAGGACAAAUAUAUUUCCAUAGU